AUGGAUUUGAGCAAAACCAUCCCUCCACCCUAUGACGAGGAAAAGCAAGUCCAAGCCUCUGAACCCAAGAUCACCACUGUCGAGAGAGGUUUGAAGGCGCGCCAUAUUUCCAUGAUCGCCAUUGGGGGUACUAUUGGUACUGGGCUAUUUAUCGGUACCGCUGCUCCUUUGUCUGAGGCGGGUCCGGUGAGCACGUUGAUUUCCUACUUGUUCAUGGGUACUUUAACCUUCUACAUGGCGCAAGCCUUGGGUGAAAUGGCCACCUUCAUCCCAAUUGCCGGGUCUUUCAACGCCUUCACCACCAGAUUCUUGUCCCCAGCCCUUGGUGGUGCCAACGGUUGGUUGUACUGGUUCACCUGGGCCAUGACCUUUGCCUUGGAAUUGACCGUUGUCGGCGACGUUAUUGGGUUUUGGACCGACGCUGUGCCCACUGGAGCCUGGAUUGCCAUUUUCUACGUCCUCUUGACCGCUGCUAAUUUUGCCCCUGUAAGAUACUACGGUGAGGUGGAGUUCUGGGUCGCCUUCAUCAAGGUCAUUGCCAUUGUUGGUUGGUUGAUUUACUGCUUCAUCAUGGUCUGCGGUGCUGGUGUCACCGGCCCGGUUGGUUUCCGCUACUGGAGAAACGGUAAUGCCUGGGGUCCUGGUAUCUUGGUUAAAGACAAAAACACCGGCAGGUUCUUGGGCUGGCUUUCGUCUUUGGUCAACGCGGCUUUCACCUACCAGGGUGUCGAGCUUGUUGGUGUUUCCAGUGGUGAGUCAUCCAAUCCUAGAAGAACCAUUCCAAGGGCAAUCAGAAAGGUGUUUUACAGAAUCUUGAUUUUCUACGUUGGUGGUGUUCUCUUCAUUGGGUUGUUGGUUCCGUACUACGACAAGAAGCUUGUGGCGACAGACGCUGCGUACACCGCCACCUCUCCGUUCAUCAUUGCCAUUCAGAACUCCGGUACUCCUGUCUUGCCAGACAUCUUCAACGCUGUUAUUUUGGCCACCAUCAUUUCCGCCGGUAACUCGAACGUUUACAUCGGGUCCCGUAUUUUGUACGCCUUGGCCGGUGUUGGUAACGCUCCUAAGUGGUUUGGUUACACCCGCAAUGGUGUGCCAUACGUUGGUGUCUUGUUUACCGCUCUUUUCGGCCUGUUGGCCUUUUUGGUUCUCAGUGACAACGGUAACAAAGUGUUUGGCUGGUUCCUUAACAUUACCGCGGUGGCCGGUAUGAUCUGUUGGGUCUGCAUUUCCUUCUCCCACAUUAGAUUCAUGCAAGUACUUAAUUCCAGAAACAUGGACAGAAACGACUUACCCUUCAAGGCGCAGCACAUGCCUUACGGUUCGUGGUACGCGGGUAUUGGUAUCCUCGUUAUCAUCUUCGUCCAAGGUUUCGAGGUCUUUUUUGACUUCAACGCCAAUGACUUCUUUGUGUCUUAUGUUAGUAUCGUCUUGUUUGUCGUCAUGUGGGGCUUUUUCCAGCUUUUCUACGGAGGUCCGCUCUUGCUUCCGCUUGACCAGAUUGAUAUCGACUCUGGGAGAAAGGAGGUUGAUGAAAUGGUCUGGGAGGAGGAUGACUUGCCAAAAAAUGCUUGGCAGAAGUUCUGGGAUAAAGUGUCUUAG